UCCAGCACGCUCGAGCAGAACAUUUCUGUGUAAAUACACAACGUGGUUUCUCCUACGUUUUCUCUUCUAGAUGGGGCUCAGCUGAACAAGCCUUUAUCUUGAAUCCCGUCGUAAGCACCACCAUGUGGGAACCGGGCUGGACCUACCAGAGGCUGCAGCAACAGCCUGGGCGGCCCUGAGCAGAAGCGACGAGUUCUGCCCUCUUCUUUGGGAUGACUUAAAGAUAAAAUAAGCUGCUCUGUAAACAAGCGGUUUAUCAGUCAUGAAACGAAUUCUUCUGGUUUUUAUCCUGGCUGCUGCUGUUAUGUAUGGUAUCCUGCAUGGAAAUCUGUGGAGAAAUAACUUCUACUGGAUUAGCUUUUAUGGACAGACUUCCUCUGUGAGGGCUUCUCCUUCCUAUGUGACUAGUGGAGUUACAAUCAGUUACAAUCAGCUGCCGCCUACGGCUGUAGAGAGGAGGAAUGCAUUGGACACUUGUUUCCUGAAACCAGCAUUUGAAUCUUUACUGGGUGUUGACAAAAUAUACCCAUUCCUGUGCGCUAAUGAUUUUAUCAGAGUGGCAGAGUUCCAAGGGAGCAAUAAGUUUGAACUACCUUAUGGAAUAAAGAGAGCAGAGCAAUUUUUUCGUUUAGCCCUUUCAAGACUGCAGAACUGUGGCCUUUCCAGUGAAGAAGACAGCAUUCCCUGUCGACGGUGCAUUGUGGUUGGUAAUGGAGGAGUACUUCGAAAUAAGACAUUAGGGGAAAAAAUUGACUCGUAUGAUGUCAUAAUAAGAAUGAAUAAUGGCCCUGUGAUAGGGUACGAAGAGGAUGUUGGGAGGAGGACGACUUUCCGCCUUUCUUAUCCAGAAUCUAUCUUCUCAGAUCCCAUCCACUACGACCCGAAUACCACUGUUGUUCUCAUCGUCUUCAAACCACGGGACUUGAAGUGGCUUUGGGAGAUACUUGGUGGUCAGAAAAUAAGUGUGAAGGGCUUUUGGAAGAAACCAGCUCUGAAUAUGAUAUACAAAUCGAGUCAAAUCAGGAUUCUUGAUCCCAGCAUCACCAGGAAAACUGCUUAUGAGUGGCUUCAUUUCCCAACAAGGUUUCCUAAGAAGGAGAAACCCAAGCAUCCAACAACGGGGCUAAUUGCCAUUACACUGGCAUUUCACAUAUGCCAUGAAGUCCACCUGGCAGGCUUCAAGUAUGACUUCACUGACAGAAAUAGCUCUUUGCACUACUAUGGCAAUGAAACCAUGUCUCAGAUGAUGCAGGAUGCUGUCCAUGAGGAUUUUUUUCCAGAAGAGCUGUUGAAUAUCUUCCAGACACUGUGAGGAGAGUUCUUGUGAUGGUGGUGACUGCAUCCCUCUGCUUCUCCACCCUGGCUCCAGUUCCAGGAAGUGGGUACUGAUCUCUGCUUUUGAAGAUGUGGUUAUUUUCUCUGCUUUAUUUAAUCUCCAGAGAUACUCUUCCCACUAAUAUAAACUGAUUCCUUCUCUGAUUUUUCUAGUUUUCUGGGUUUUUUUGUGAUUUGGAUUCUAGCUGUAGCAGAACAGACAAAAUAAUUGGAAAAAAUAGCAGCUUCAUGGUAAAGAAAUGGUGUCUCCCAAACUCUUUGUAGUUAAAAAAAAUCCCUUCAGUCUUCUUCACUUUUGCCACAUCAGCUUUUUGAUCUCCCUAAAUUUUUUUAAAAAUAAUGUUUGGUGUUCUCAAGGAAUUUAAUAUGUUCUCUUCUCUACAAGCAUUUAUCCAUAUCACCUGUUUCUUUUUAUAUCCUAAUAAGCCUUCCCAUGGUAUGACUGACUUAUUUUUCAAAUUAAGCAGUACUUCUAGGGAUGUUUUUCUCCCACUUCUGUGCUCCUGCCAGGGGUGUUGAGUUCACCACAGUUAUUGUCCCUGGGUGACUGGGUAAUGUUUUGAAUUAAACUGUUCCCUCAGGAUCACGCCAAGAGGUGAUGCUACUGAUAAACUAUGGGCCAUUUGUGGUGGAUUUUUUUUUGGGGGGGGGGGGGGUUGUUUGUUUUUUGUUUGUUUGGGUUUUUUGGUUUGGUUUGAGUUUUUUUGAAAUCCCAGCUUGCAGGCCCGUAGCUUUUCUCCUCUAUAAUAAGGAGUGAGCCAAGUAAUGAAUUUUUUUCCCCACAAGAUCCUGUGUACUGUUCCAGCACCUGCUUCUUGCACAUCAUUCCUGCUGCUCUGCCACGAGGACAUGUCUUGCUUUGAACUUCAUUCAGGCAGGAACACCCAUGUGUAGUGUGUUUCUCAGCAGUACUUACAGAUCAGUGUCUAUUCUGUCUGGGCACACAUUUUCACAGGUGUUUUCCAGUACUGAAGACUUAACUUACGGCUUUCAGAAUAAAAAAUAAUGCUAACACCAAAUAUUUAGAUAGUUUCUGAACCUGAGCUGCUAUUAAGACUAUUUUACCUUUUUGUCAUUUCUGAAAAUGAAAUCUGCACUGAAACUUCCCUUUAAGAGCUAUCCAGUUUUUUUUUUUAUUAUAUCAGGAGUGAAGCUGCCAGUUUUGAAUCCCAGAGUGCUGCCAGCUUUAUUUCUGUGUCUGAUAAUGGUGUAACUGUGUAAGUCCCCAAUUUCUCCUAUCAUUUUUGUAUCUGAAGUCAGAUGUUCUCCUCCCUUAUUAACUCUGUUCAUGUUCUCUGGCAGCUUCCUGAAUUUCUAGACAGCAUCACCUUACAGCAAAGGUGCUUCUGCAUUUUAUCUGCCACCCCUCUCAAAAUGCUGCACUGUUAGACAGACACAGCCCUGAAAUACCAAACUAUGUACAGAACAGGCAGGAUGACACAUGUUGGUUGAAAGCUCCAUUUGGCUCAGACUUUCAUGAGGUUUCUUUGUUGGGAAACUGUUAUUUCCUUUGCUGUAAUAAUUAAGGGAUGUUGGGAAACUGUUAUUUCCUCUGCUGUAAUAAUUAAGGGAAGUCACAGACUGCUGCACUAAAUGUGAAUCUGAGAGUGCCUAAAAGAUGUUCCUAAACAUAUUCCAGAUAUUUUCAGGGACUGUAUUGGCGAUAAUAAUUCAGAAUCACAACUUCGGUGUUUAAUCAGCAUGUGGUACUUUCUGUUUCCAAUGCCGUGCUUUCCUUUUUAGCAAUGCUCUGGGGGAGAGUAUAAAUACCUUCCCUUUUAAGUGGACUGUGGUUUUUAAGAAUAUACACAGCUCUGCAUAUGUUUUUGGUAUUGGGAAAUACUUAUUUGCCAUUUGUCUUAAGUUUUAUAUGCCUUUAAAGUGCCACCUGUAUUUUGAAGAAUUCUUAGAGUUGUUUCAAGUGAAAUUUUGAAUGCUACAUGUGGAAGGAGAUUAUUUUCCUUUGAAUAAACUGUUAAAGACAGUG